GUCAUGGCAACGGAACUACACAAAUGUUUGAUUAAUUAUUUUUCACAGUUGGAGAAAGUUGAUUGCAAAUGGAAGGAAUUAUCGGAAGAAGCCAAACGACCUCUACAGGCUUUGAGAAAUCAAUUAGAACAACUUCAUCUCGUUAUCAGCAGGAUGGAGUUCAUAGGCGCGUGUGGCACUUCCGUUUGAUUCUUGCAAAGAAAGAAACCAGUGGUCCUACUACAGUAAGAAAGAAUGGCGAACACGGCCCACCUCGUCCGCCGGCAAAGCUCGCGCGAUUUAAAGCCCCAAAAAAGCGUUGACAAACUUGAAAUGAAGGAGAUGCGGGGGAGAUUAGUGGUGGAGAGUAGGAAAAAUGUCACUACUGCCAAUUACGGUGCCACGAACGCAGCCUUUGAAGACUCCAGUCCUAACACAAAGAACAAAUUAGGAAACGGGGGUGGGGGAAGUAAACUGGUUAAUAACGAUGGGAAAACAACUUUUCGACCGGAAGCUGGUGAGGAUGAGCGGGAAAAUUGGGAUAGUAAACUCACAUUUUUAUUAGCAACUGUUGGGUAUGCAGUGGGUCUCGGGAAUGUAUGGAGAUUUCCAUAUCUCGCUCAAAAGAAUGGUGGAGGUGCAUUUUUAAUCCCAUACUUCGUGAUGCUGGCUAUCGAGGGUAUUCCUAUAUUUUAUCUGGAAUUGGCAAUUGGCCAAAGAUUACGGAAAGGUGCUAUUGGUGUGUGGAAUCAGGUUUCUCCAUAUAUGGGCGGUAUAGGAGUAAGCAGUGCCGUAGUUUCCUUUAACGUAGCUCUGUAUUAUAACACUAUUAUCGCUUGGUGCCUCUUCUACUUUGUUCAAAGUUUUCAAUCACAGUUACCGUGGGCAGAAUGUCCCAACGUAUACUUCCAAAAUGGCUCGUACGCUCCGGAACCUGAGUGUGUGGUCAGUAGUCCCACACAAUACUUCUGGUAUCGAACGACUCUGAUGAUAUCAAAGGAUAUCAAUACACCGGAGCUAUUCAAUUGGAAAAUUGCUCUGGCGUUGGUGAUCGCUUGGAUUCUCGUUUAUAUGUGUAUGAUCAAGGGAAUCGCGUCUUCAGGGAAGGUCGUGUACGUGACUGCCACAUUUCCAUACAUCGUUCUAAUUAUUUUCUUCUUUCGCGGUGUCACUUUGACGGGUAUGUCCGAUGGCCUACGCCAUCUUUUUACUCCAAAGUGGUGGAAAAUAGCAGAUCCAGUAGUUUGGUUGGAAGCGGGCACGCAGAUAUUUUUUUCGCUUGGCUUGGCGUUUGGUGGUUUGAUAGCGUUUUCGUCUUACAAUCCUGUGAACAAUAACUGCUACCGGGAUGCUAUUAUGGUCAGUUUGACGAACUGUUUCACUUCGAUGUUUGCAGGGAUCGUUGUGUUUUCUAUCAUCGGAUUUAAGGCGACUAUGGUCUACGAGCAAUGCUUAAAGGAAAGGAAUGCCACUAUCCUCAACGUAUUUGGGCAGAUGAAUAAAAUACCAGACGAAUUACCAAUCGCCGGCACACUUUUAAACAUUACAACGGGAAAUGGCACUUUGGACAAUUUAAUCAUGCCCGAGCUACCUGAGUGUGAUCUUGAAAAAGAGUUGGAUAAUUCGGCAUCUGGUACCGGCUUGGCGUUCAUUAUUUUCACGGAGGCGAUCAAUCAGUUCCCUGGAGCGCAAUUCUGGUCCGUGUUAUUCUUCCUGAUGUUGUUCACUUUGGGUAUUGAUUCCCAAUUCGGUACUCUGGAGGGUGUUGUCACAAGUAUCGUGGACAUGAAGCUAUUUCCGAAUUUGCGUAAAGAAAUCCUCACUGGUGGCAUUUGUCUGGUGUGUUGCAUAAUAUCAAUGGGCUUCGCGCACGGUGCUGGUAGCUACGUGUUCGUAUUAUUCGACAACUUUAGCGGAAAUUUUCCUUUGCUGAUCAUUGCCUUCUUCGAAUGUGUCGCUGUGUCAUACGUGUAUGGUUUAAAAAGAUUCGCCGAUGAUAUCGAAUUGAUGACCGGUAACCGUCCAGGUCUCUACUGGCUGAUCUGUUGGAAAUAUCUCAGCCCGUUGGCAAUGUUAAGCAUUUUAAUCGCUUCCAUCGUGGAAAUAAUUGUCGAUGGAAGCGGAUAUCCAGCUUGGAUCGCCAGCAAAGGUAUCACGGAGAGACACGAGUGGCCAAUGUGGGCGUUGAUUCUCAUCGGUAUUCUCAUUCUUGCAUCUGUUCUUUGGAUUCCUACAGUUGCCAUUUGCAGACUCUUUGGAAUACUUAUAAUCGAAGAUAAUGAGAAAGCCUGGUUCCCAGCGGCUGAUUUGAAAGAAUUUCAUGGAAUCGUGCCUCACGAAGUUACGCCUGCUGAAACAUUGUUGUUCUGCAUUAGAAGCGAUGGAUCCGAGGGACUCUGUUGCCCGACCGGUGGUCCCAGCGAUGACGACGAAGAUCUCACCUAGGAAUGGUUAUCGUCGUUCACGUUGGAAUAGUAUGUGUUUAAAUGGUUCAUAAACCAGGAAACAGCGUUUCUUCGAUCCAUUUUUCGCAUUGAUCUUCAACGCACCCUGUCUUACUCCGCAUUAUAGCCGCAAAUCGUAAUUUAUCAGCAUUCAUUUUAAUUCUAGGCUAAUUCCGGGUGAGAUGGCCCGACCUCAUUAAAAUUGUCAAAUAGUUUCAAUUUUUUUUUAGUGAUAUACUGAAUCUUGUACAGAUACUUAUUUAACUAUUCUAUUUAAAUAGAUAUAUUUAUUUUUAUAAAUAUAUUUCACUUUUUGUCAGGUAUCAAUAAUAUUCAUGAUGUAUUAGUUCCUCUUUUAAAACAGAGCCAUCUCUCCCCGACUUACCCCAUAGAAAGGUACAAAGGUAUAUCGUGUCAAUUACUCCAAUGAAGAAACAUAUGGGUGAUCUGGCCUGUACGUGUAUUACAUUCGCCGAAUUUUUUUAACCGAUUUUCUGUUUUAUAAAGAAUACAGACGACAAUUCGAAUUCGAAAGAACCAACGAAAAGAGAAACUAUACAAGAUCGAGUUUCAUUUUAAGCAUGUUUCUCCGCUGUUUUUUGAAGUUUCUGAACCAUUUCGUAACACGCACACAUGUCAAUAAUAAUCCAGAUGAUAUAUCGUGAUAAAAAAUGUGCGGUAUAUAGGUAAUUUCCAAUAGCAUGACGAAGGAUGAAAGAAGUAAACGCGAACGAACGAGAAACUGGUGAGUUCGAUGUAGAUGACAAUACAAAGUUCGCGUUUCGGAUUGAACUUGCAGUUUCUUAACGCAUGAAGAUGUGUUUGCGUAUAAUACAUCUCAGUACCGUGUAUAAUUAUAUAAUUCUUUCUUUGAUCGUACGUUACAUUGCGUUUAAAAAAUUACAUAAUAAAGAAAAGAAAAAUUGCAUUAUAAAGAAAAGAAAAAUUACAUUAUGAAGAAAAGAAACAUUGCAUUACAAGGAAAACAAAAAUUGCAUUAUAAACAAAACAAGAAUUAGAAUAAUAGAAACUGAAUACGAAGCAUCAUAAUAUCAUAAGAUAUGAUAUAAUCGUAUUAAAGCGUAAUGAAACUAAAAAUGUAACAAGCGACGAAAGUAAACGUGUGAAGUGUCAGCAACAGAUCCGCGUUAAAUGACAUAAACUUACGAUACAUUUUAAAAUAUGUUUCCAAACUGCUCAUUACGAGGUGUAUCAUACGUACACGAAUUAUUUAGUGCGUAAUAUACCAUCUUAGCAUUUGCAAUACAUAUUCGUAAAGGUCAACUUAAAACAGAUAACGAAUCAUUGAGAAAGGAAAUUGAACUAGCAUAAAGUUAAAGUUAGAAACGAGACACUUUUACUCUUAGCGAUCGCAAGUUACGUGAAAUGUAAGGAUAGAGUAGGAACCGUCCAAUGGGCGUGAACAGAACGUUCCCGAAUCAUUUACUCGUUUCCGGUUUUAUAAGGUGUCUGGCAGCUUUACUCCUGAUUGGUUCUCGGUAAAUUAACAUUUUUCUUCAAGUUCCAUACGGAAUCACGUACAAAAAUUUCUAGUAAAUAGUUAACCCUAGACAACUGAAUUUAAAACAGUAUUACUCUGUAAUUAAACAUUCGACUCAUAGACUACAAACGAAGACAUACAUAUCUUUAUAUUUCUUCUACUUAUUUUAAACAAAGUGGAUAAUACAAUUUGACGCUAAACGUACCACGCUCGGUCGAAUCACUUAUAAAAUGAUACUUUCAAAUAACAAAAUGCAUCUAUAAUUUUCUGUUCUCGUUAAAAACAAAUCAAGAUAUAUAAUCUUUUUGUUAUUAUUCAAAAGUUAUUUUGUGCAUUGUUUCGCAAAAACGUGAUCAGUAGUUAAAGUCCCGAUACGUUUAGUGUUAAGAUAUGUAUUAUUGGUUUUUAAUUGAAAAAUAGAAAAACAUUCAAAGUACCGUUUGCAGUCUUAGCAUAUGUUAACCUGUUAACUGUGGAAUUAUAGUAUCAAAAAUCUCUUGUUUUGAAAAAUAAGUAAUUCAUCGUUGAAAGAAUUAGUAUCAUUUCAAGUUUCGAGAUGACGCGUAUGCUCGUCAAACGCAGUUAACCGAUUAAAAGUGUGCUCCCAAAUUCGAAUUCGCAAAAUUGACAAAGGUCGUUAAAUUAUUUUGUAGAAUGUCAGUUAUCUAGGCUUAAAAAAAGGGUAUCGACAGCCUUCUAUCGGAUCAUAUCGUAUAACUUUUUCGGACGGAGUGAGGUAGAUUUUAACGGGCGAUGCGUGUUCUCAUUGAGCCCUAUCACUUCAAUGAUGAGUUUAAUAGUCGAUCAAUUAAUUUAUCAGAAUUGUGACAUAUCUCACUUGUCGAAUGAGAAUCGUGUAUUUUCUAAGCCGACAAUAAGAAGAAUAUUUAUCGUAUAGAGAGAAUUGAUCAGCAAGAUUGGUAGUAAGAUCAUCGAUAGUACAACAGGGACGGUUAACACUUAGCCAACCGAAUUUAUUUCUUGUUUGGUAUUUAGUCAGCUUUCAACUGGAGAAAUUUGCAAUUUAUUAAUACUAACCAUAGCGGUAGUUUUACUACCAUAAUCAGUCAAAUAACUGGCUACAAAAUAAAAAUAAACAAGUCAGAUAUAUUUUUUUUUAAUGGAAACAAAAACAAAAGGAAAGACAAAAGUUGAGGAACAGAUUAAUUAGACAAUACAGGAAAUCAUAUAAAGUUAAAUAAACGAAAGAAAAUACGGAAUUUUAAAUCCAGUCAUUUGACCGGUCCUUGGUACUGUUAGUGUUAACACAUUCGCGACCGGCGAAGCCAAAUUUUUCGCUUUUCUAAUACUCAUUGCUGGUGAAAAUGAAGAAAAUCUUAAACUAUUCGCCGCAAAUAUCUGACGUUGAAACAGGGAUAAAAAUUCGAAAAUUCCUUUUGAAAUAUUAAUCUUGUAACGAUCUGUUGUUUGAAAUGAAGUACUUUCCGUUAAAGAAGCCGCAAAUAGAGAAGAGCAAAAGAAUCAAAUAUUUUGAAAGUUAUUCUAUUGGAUUGAUGCAAAAGUUUCGACGUUUUUUUAUAAGAAAUGAAAGAAGAGUUCUCAACUAUUCGCAAAACCAAAACUAAAUAAAAAGGAAGAAAGAAAUGUCCUUUCUACACAUUAUAAUAGUUUGCAAAUAGAUAUUAUUUGUUUGGAAGUAAACACUUGUUUGUUAACCACGUACAAGAAACAUCAAAAUUGUUCCAUCAACAAAAUAUUUGUAAAAAGGCGAAUUCGCGUCAGCGGUCGCGAAUGUGUCAAGUACCUUCCUUACUUUUAUGAAAUACAAUCUUGAAUGAAAUCUGUUGAACGAAUUCAAUUAAAAUGAAUGAAGAAGGUUGUAAUUAUAUGGUUUCUUCUCAGCCGGUUGCCUAAGUGUUAAAAUGGGAAAAUGAGGGAAAUGAACGCAUAUCAAAAAAAAGAUAUAUCAGACGCGUAAAUUUAUUUGCAAUUUUAGCGUGGGCUCGUCAAGGAGCACUCUAAUAUAUAAGGACAAUAACAAAUUUCAUAAGACUCGAGGUUGAGGAUACAUUGUGCGACAAUAACACAAUUUAAUCGAUUAAAAUGAAUCUAUUCGGAAAUUCGGCAAUACGGUCAAUGUUUACACUGCACUUCUUGCACAUUCACAGAGGCCUAUAAAAUCGUGAAGUUGGCGCGCCGAAUCGAAGGAAUAGCAUGUUUUCUUUUGAUACUUCUAUACUUUAAUGGUACAGAAUACUUGCUAACUAUUCAGGGAAACUUGAUUGGUCAAUAGUGUUGAAAACAGAAUAUCGAUUUACCUUAAAAAGAAGGUUUUGACAAAUAUAGGUUGGCAUGUUAAUCGUUAAUCAUUUUCGAUUCUUCUUUGUAUCUCAAUGUUAGAUCUAGUAAAUAAUAACUUUUACUUGCUUUCUCGAAAUUUAUAUCUGAUUGAAGUAUAUUAUUUUAUAAGAAUUCUUUUAUUUUAUACUAUUUUUAUAUUGUUUCAUAAAAAUAACUUUAUUAUUGUUUAGUAAUACUCCAGAGUGUAUGGUAAAAGUUUCUUACAAUUUAUAAUGUUCAAUUUAAAGCUCAUACUGCUAUAAUUAUUAAUAAUUGUUCAUUCACAUUAUUAAUUUAAAUGAAUUCAAAUUAAUUUUCAUUAUUAAUUAAAAAAAAGUAAAAAAUAAAUAUCGUUAAAAUUACUAAUUCACCGAUCUAUAUGAAGAAUAAUUACUCUGUCGUUUAAUAAAAUUUAUCAACUGAUUACUCUUUUGACCUCUGGUUGAAAAAUACUGUGCAUAAGUGUCCGUAUUAAAUAAUUCUUUUCAACAAGACAUUUAUAUCAUGCACCUAAUGUAGAACAUUUUUCGAAAAGAAGAUUUACAUUAUAAAUCGGUCUAGAAGACGUGUUUGUCUAUUCGAAUAUCUAAAUUGACAAUAAGGAUUGAGUACGAUUAGCGGGCGGAUCUAUUCCUUCGAUGAAAAGGAUUGUCUAGCAGCGAAGACUAGAGGAAUAGUGAGAUGCGCUCAAAUCACGUCUAUUUGUACUUCGGAUCUCUCUAUUUUGUAUGUGCGCUUUUGGGUAUGGUCUUACCCCUUUCUAACAAAUUGUUGAUCACGAAUCUGUUAUAUUACGAACCGAAAACAAAGUAUUUCGUAACACCAGGAAUAGGUAAAUUGGCCAUCAAUGUGAACGAGAGAAUUUAUCCCCGUUUUCAAUUAACUAUAGCUAUACCUAUUUCUCGUUUUUAAACUACAUACACUCAUAUGGAUCGUUCUUUGUUUAUCAAGAAGGUGCUAAACUGUAAUAACAUAAGAGUGAUUUAAUACGAAACGAUAAUAACUACAUUAUAUAUACAUAUUAUAUAUAUUAUAUCGUUAAUGAUAUGUCGUUAAUGAUAGUAAUCGUUAAGAUCCUUUCACUCGAUUAAACGAUUAUAUUCGACAAUAAUUCUGUUGCUCCUAAUCGGUUAGUGAUUUACAUAUAUUCGCAUGUUACGUUUAUUCGUAUGACAUAGAUCAGCUGUAAAUAAUUGUUGAAGUGUCUUUUAACCUGUAAAAUGACAAUAAAUUGCGGACGAGGGUUUGCCACGCAGAACGAGGAACGAAGUAUCUCCCUAAAAUGGAUAGUACAAAUUUUUUCUUUUACGAUGGAACGUUUCGUGGCGCGGUUGCGUUUGAUACGGAACAUUAUGGAAUAUCAGACAAUAAACUGGAAUAAAAUUUCGUUUCUCGUAUCUAUAAUAUAUUCAACUCGGGCCUCGAGCGGCUAUGUUACAAUAAGCACUGCGUUGAAGUUUCAUAAGCUACAUGUUGUAUAAUUGUAUUAGUGUCAUUCAGAAAUUAUUGGAAUAUUGUUAGUCUGUAGGGAGGAGUUGAUUCUUCAUCUAAAACACAUUCAAAAGGUAAAAUUACGUUUUUCGUGUAUACCUUCUUGUUCGUGAAAACUUAAUUUUAAAGUUGAUCUGAUAUGGUACUUUGAUACAAUUUGCCUCAACUUUUUGUGCUUUAUUGAUUAUUCUUUACCCUUCUGUUUAUACUAAUAUUGUUUAUUAAUAAUGACAAUAAUAUUUCAUAAUGUCCUAAUAUAAAUUAAUAUUUAAAAUUAUUAAUAUUUUAAAUUAUAAAGCUACAAAUGUCUAUUAUGAAAAACAAUAAUUAUUAAAGUAUAUACUCAUUGAAUAAAUGUAUUGGAAAGCUUCCAAGCCUGGCGAAAUCUCAAAAUGUUGAAGAAAGGUUUUUUUGAAAAUCUACGUGCAUUCAAAUUUUAUUUCACCUCUUUGAUACAUUUUUAUAUGUCGAAUCACUUCUUCAUUGGUAGUCGUAAUCUUGAUAAAAACACUUAUAUUCGUGAUUGAAAGACAAAAUAAUAUAAGUUGUAUCUUCCCACUUUCGAGACAUAGUGGGUUAAAGUUUCCAGUAUUAAUGUUUUUCGUAAUAAGUACGUAACAAUUAUGUAAUUGGUUUAAUAAUUACAGCUGCUUUGCAAUUUUGAUUCACUUAUUUUACGCAUUCCAAUGUUUGUGUGAGUCUUUAAAUAUUUAAUACUUAAUAUUUAUCGUACUCUUAUUGUAUAAAGACAAAUUUUUCUAAUUCGUUCUUUUAAUUAAAAUAUUACAAAACAUUUACCUUUGUUACUCUGGUUAAGGUUUGAACUGAAAUUUAAAAGAAAAUCAAUAUUAAUUUCAAUAAAAGUACAAACACAAAUAAAUAGUAGAUGUUUAUGCAAAUGAAAAUUAUUAUUCAUUAAUUCACAAGAAAUAGAUUAAAACUACAAUUAUUUUUUUGUAUUAAAUGUUCAGUUAGGUGGCAUAUAAAUGAAAAAUUGUAUUAACUUUAAAUGAAUUUGUUACAAUACACCGUUUUGAAAAACAGUGUAUGCUACAGUACAAAUGUAUAAAAGUUGCAAUCUAUAACAUAAAAAAUUAUUAUAAAUUAAGCAUAUUUCUCGAGUUAUAUUGAUCCUAACAGCGAGUGAGAUUUAAUUGUUACUCAUGUAUCUUAAUGAUUUUUCGAAUGGUUUAUCUUAUAAAUAAUAGAAUACGCUUAAAAAAUUGUGUAUCGAGCGAACGGCGGGUUAAUUUUGCCCCGUAAAGGUGUUUCUUUCCUCCAUGACAUAAAAUAAAUAUGAGAAACAAAUAUUAACAGAUUCUGAUACACAUUUACAAAUUUAAAUGAAUCCGUAAAAUGUAUUCAUUAAAAGAAAAAAGAUUGAAAUGAAAAAGUGUUGUUAAUAUAAACGCAAUAUUAAUAUAAAGAUAAGUAUCUUUCGCCAUCCACAAAAUUUGGAAUGAAAAAAACUAAACGAUUAACUUUUACUUAACCAUUAAUCAAUUAAAAAUAAUUUUUAACGUGUUUAAUUAUCAUCUGUUUCGUUUCCAAAAUAAGAAAGUGUUUUAUAACUUAAAUUUCAACUUUAUUAUCUAUAUUGUAUUUUAUUUACACACAUUUCACGGUACGUCUUAUAGAAUCUAAAUUUUAAAUGGUACGCUACAUACAAAUUUCAUUUCUUACAUUUAAAACUAAAUUAUAGGAAAUACUAUUUUAAAAAUGUUCAAUUUUAAUUACUUUUUAUUCCAUUAAAUUGCUCAUCAUUAAAGAAAUUCGUAUGUAACAUUUAAUGGCACUAAGUUACUUAAGUAAUGUAAGCAAAUUUAAGUGCAGCAAAACGAAUUGUAUUUGACGAUAGAAGGAAGGUUCAACAAUAAAUUCAAAUAAUCACGACAAAAUUUGUCAUAAAUGUUUCGAAUACAGACAGAUUACGAAACACAAAGGGAAAUAAAUUGAUGAGCUUUCUCUUCAUGCAUAUAUUCUUCCUGUUUGAGCGUGCACUGUAGAACAGUUAACAGAAUUCUACCCAAUUAUUAUAUAAUCGUUAGAAAAAAGGGGAUAUAUAUUGUUUAGACGAACAAGAUAACGAUGAAGAAGCUUAUACUUUUACAAAUAUUUUUCCGUUACAAAUAGAGAAUGUUCUAUAACAGUAUAUUCUCUUACGCCUCUUACUUGAAUUUGUUGAAAUUCGUAAUCCGUUUGCAACCGCUCGAGGCUUAAACGAAUAACAUUAAGUGGUGUGAACAUCAAUAUGGCGAAUGAACGAUGUCAAUAAUAUCUAUCAAUACUAUUUAGGGUCUGGAUUAGGUAAUUGCACGCUUAAUUAAUAAUAAAACGAAAAAAAAACGGUAAUACCGAGUUUUAUAGUGAAAUUUCCAUCGAUUGAGAUUUUUCAUCGAUUGAGUAAACAUUGUUACGUUUCUUCGUUAUUUUGUUGUUGAUCCAACCGGUUUCGGUAUGUGUGUACGAAGUUGUGUGUCCAUCCAUAUUAAAAAUGCAAUUAAAGAGUGAACUAAGAAGGCUGUGUAUCCGGGAGUGGAACGAGAGUGUGGGCUACAAAAUUAGUUUUCAGAGAUGAUUCGUGUUAUUAAAGUUUUAUUCACGAUACAUCGUAUCAGAUAGCCAGACCUCGAUGUAGCUUAUGCAAUAAAAUAAAUAAGGUACACAGAUGCGGAAGGUAGCUAAUGUUAUAAUUAAUUAUAUAUAUAUAUAUAUAUAUAUAAUAUAUAAAGAUAAAUAUAAAUAUAUAUUAUAUAUAUACAUAUACAUAUACAUAUAC